AGGUUUUUGGGUGUCAGCUGCCAUAUUUGCAGAAAACAACCAAUCAAAAUACGAGAAAUCAAAACCGCGUUGCCGGUAAAAAUCUAGCAGACGAAAAAAAAGGUGAAUUUGGCCUGAGAAGUCUGAAGUCCGAACCAAACAUCGGCAUCUUAAGAAUAAAGACUUGUGUGCUGAAGACAGACAAACGACCUUUACUGUAAUGUCUGAUGUCGAAGAUGACUUUAUGUGUGCUGAAGAUGAGGACUAUGACCUGGAAUACUCUGAAGAUAGCAAUUCUGAGCCAGAUGUUGAUCUAGAAAACCAGUACUACAAUUCCAAGGCAUUGAAAGAAGAUGAACCAAAAGCUGCACUUGCAUCAUUCCAAAAAGUUUUGGACUUGGAAAUGCAGGGUGGAGAAAAAGGAGAGUGGGGUUUCAAAGCCCUUAAACAAAUGAUCAAAAUUCUUUUUACCUUGAAUAACUAUCCAGAAAUGAUGACACGGUACAAACAACUUUUGACAUACAUAAAGAGUGCAGUAACGAGGAACCACAGUGAGAAAUCAAUCAACUCUAUCUUGGACUACAUAUCUACAUCAAAACAAAUGGAGCUUCUUCAGGAUUUCUAUGAGACAACAUUAGAUGCUCUAAAAGACGCAAAAAACGAUCGACUUUGGUUCAAGACAAAUUCAAAACUCGGAAAACUUUACUUCGAUAGAGGAGAUUACAACAAAUUGGCGAAAAUUCUCAAACAAUUGCAUCAGUCUUGUCAGACAGACGAAGGUGAAGAUGAUUUGAAGAAGGGAACUCAGCUUCUUGAGAUAUAUGCUUUAGAGAUUCAAAUGUAUACAGCGCAGAAAAACAACAAGAAACUAAAAGCAUUGUAUGAGCAAUCUCUCCAUAUCAAGUCAGCUAUACCACAUCCAUUGAUUAUGGGAGUUAUUCGGGAGUGCGGUGGCAAAAUGCAUCUUCGUGAAGGUGAAUUUGAGAAAGCUCAUACAGACUUUUUUGAAGCUUUCAAAAACUACGACGAAUCAGGAAGCCCAAGAAGAACUACUUGUUUAAAAUAUUUAGUUCUAGCCAACAUGUUAAUGAAAUCGGGCAUUAAUCCUUUCGACUCGCAAGAAGCUAAGCCUUACAAGAACGACCCCGAAAUUUUAGCCAUGACCAAUUUAGUUUCAGCCUAUCAAAACAAUGAUAUUUCAGAGUUUGAGAAAAUCCUUCGUCAAAAUCAUCGGAAUAUAAUGGAUGAUCCUUUCAUUCGCGAACAUAUUGAAGAUUUGCUGCGUAAUAUUCGCACACAAGUUCUCAUCAAACUCAUUCGUCCCUAUACACGGAUUCAUAUCCCCUCUAUCUCAAAAGAGCUAAAUGUCGAUGUUAAUGAAGUAGAGAGCUUGUUAGUCGCUUGCAUUCUCGACAACACGAUCAAAGGGCGUAUUGAUCAAGUUAACCAAGUUCUUGAGUUGAAUCAGCAACGACAAGGAACAGCCCGUUACAACGCUCUUGAUAAUUGGACUUAUCAGUUGUCUUCUCUUCAUUUGGCCAUCGCAAACAAGAUGGCCUAAUGUUACUUGUGAUGAGUUUAUGGUAUUCCCUGCUUUGCUGAUGAAAAGUUUCUUUUUGUAAUAGAAAUACAGAAUAUGGCGAUAAUAAAUCAUUUUUCUUGGCCCAUUCAA